ACGGAAUGGAUCCUGGGAUGAAAAGAAAAGCGCUUGAUAUUCAGAGCUGUUUGUGGCGAUCACUGAAAUGCUUAUGUCUUUACCUUAUUGAUGGUAGACGACGAAACAGAAUAUGUGACAUCGCGACAAAUCAGAUGCAAUAUCUGUGAGAAUCAGAGGAAGUCACAGAAAGCCUCGCUGUUCAUUCGAAGUUUUUUUCUCUCCGUCUUGAUAUGGAUUCAUAAGUUUUAUCUGAAAGAGAGUCUUGAUUUUAUUCUUGUUUGAUUUGUUAACAUGGACGUAAGAUAGUAGUAGUACGCACUAUUGUCAGGUUGGUAAUUCCAUACAAACUGAAGAACUACAUGAAAAUUAGUAAACGUCGAUCGGUACAAGAUGUCAUCGUUACUAAGCUGCACUUCUAAACGUAGGCCCAGACUACAGCUAUAAAACGAACAAUCAACAAGAAUCAUAUGAGGAACCUCUAUAGUAAUUGUUUUGAUUUAAUUUCGUAAAAAGUGAUUUAUUCUAGUAGAUAUAUAUGUAUUAGUACCCAUGAUAAAUUCUAAAAGUAUUUUUGACAGAGGACUUUUUCUUUCGUCGUGAUCCCAGUUCGUUUACCCUGAAACUCAAGGAUUUCACCGUAUGCCCAAAAACCUCACCGCACUUUUCGUACACAUUCAGUCCCAUGAUCUCAUGCAAUUUCAGCGUCUCUAUAUCUUGUUGUUCUAAACCCUCUAAGACUCAAGCCAUAUGACGAGGCAGCUGAAUGGAUGCAACCGGUUUCGAGUGUGGUGUUCGAGGAUGUGGCUGCAGAGUUGUUGUAGAAGAAGAUGUGAGGGAGAAAACAUUAAUAAGCGAGUACUCAUUUUCGUGAGAAUACUAUAGUGCCGUUGCUACUAGUAAAAACCCAAGCCCGGUGUUGUAGUACAACAUCUGGCAACAAGUAUAAGCCUAAUAUAGAAUCUCUCAAAAGAUCAGCAAUAUCAUCAAAUGUGCAAUCGGCUGUACAAGUUAUAUCAUGCAGUAAAAGCGAUCGGAAAUCAUUUGGAGUUCUAUUGUUUAUCCAGUAUCAAAAUUUAUUAGGCUCGACGAUAAGUAUACAGAAUGAAGUUUUCUUAAUUGCAGAAUUUUCUUUAUAUGUUGUCAUUUUCCGAAAUAAGCUGGAUGUACCCCUAGAAUAGGUUUAAUACUACGACUACUAGGAUACGAUCUUUCUACGAGUCUAAUCAUAGGAGUCCUGGCAAAAAAGUCACUAUCUCAUCGCACUGCAGAGAAUUGAUGGUCGAAGUUGAGUAAAUUGAUAGAAUUGUGUGUGAGUUACAUAAUUACGAACUGCAAAAACAUGAACACCAAAAAUUCGAAUAUUUCUUUCUUGUAAUGUCUACUGUCGUGAUAUUGUGCCCAUGAUGCCAGGCGGUGAGAAUUCUUACACGCUCAGCGUCUUGCUGCUCUGAUUAUGAUGAAAAUCUCUGGUGCUAGUUGGUGCCGUAGGAAACUGCAGCUGCGACUAGAGAAGACAACACAGAUGAAAGAGCAACAAACUCAAUGACGUAAAACCUGACAUGACCCCCGACAACGUAAUGUAUCCCCGUUAACGCCAAACUGAGGUCUUUAGUGGUUACAUCCCAACAAUAUGAUGGCGGAGAGGCGCUUUUCUAUUUGUACUUGUUAAGCUCGCAAAGGACACGGUACUGAUUCCAAGGAACGCGCAGCCUCAGUUUGUUCUGUUCGAAUCCUGGCUCCGAAUUUUGUGCUCCAACUCUCAAUCUCAAAACUUCAGUUUCUCAGGAUGAUUUUUCUAGUCCACGUGUCCGGGUCUGCAAUCAGAAAAGGAGCUGUGGGCCCUUUUUUUCAUGUGUGAAAUCCGGAGACGAGCAAUUAUAUGA